AUGCCCGAGGGCCCUGAGCUACAUCUGGCCAGCAUCUUUGUGAAUGAGGCAUGCAGCGGGCUGGUGUUUGGCGGGUGUGUGGAGAAGUCAUCUGUCAGUCGAAACCCUGAGGUGCCCUUUGAGAGCAGUGCGUACAGCAUCUCAGCCACAGCUCGAGGCAAGGAGCUGCGACUGAUCCUGAGCCCCCUGCCUGGGGCCCAGCCCCCACAGGAGCCAUUGGCCCUUGUCUUCCGCUUCGGCAUGACUGGCUCUUUCCAGCUGGUGCCUGCAGAUGUCCUGCCACCCCAUGCUCAUCUGCGCUUCUACACCGCUCCACCUGGCUCCCGACUUGCCCUCUGCUUUGUGGACAUUCGCCGCUUUGGCCACUGGGACCUUGGAGGCGAGUGGCAGCCAGGCCGUGGACCGUGUGUCUUGCUGGAGUAUGAACAAUUCAGGGAGAAUGUGCUGCGGAACCUAGCUGACAAGGCCUUUGACCGGCCCAUCUGUGAGGCCCUCCUGGACCAGAGGUUCUUCAAUGGCAUCGGCAACUAUCUUCGGGCUGAGAUCCUGCAUCGGCUGAGGAUCCCCCCGUUUGAGAAGGCCCGCACAGUACUGGAGGCCCUGCAGCAGUACAAGCCGAGUCCAGAGCUGACCCUGAGCAAGAAGAUCAAGGCCAAGCUGCAGAACCCUGACCUGCUGGAGCUAUGCCACUCGGUGCCCAAAGAAGUGGUCCAACUGGGGGGCAAAGGCUACGGGCCGGAGCUUGGGGAGGAAGAUUUCGCUGCCUUUCAAGCCUGGCUGCGGUGCUAUGGCAUUCCAGGCAUGAACUCCCUUCGGGACCGGCAUGGCCGUACCAUCUGGUUCCAGGGGGAUCCUGGACCCCUCGUACCCAAAGGUGGCAAAGCCCAGAAGAAGAAAUCCAAGGGCACACAGGCAGGCCCUGAGGCCAGGAAGCGGGACCCUCCACCUCCAAGCAAGACCCCUUCCAGGGCACAAAGAGCACAGAGGGACCUUCCCAAGCAGCCUGCAGCUCAGGACCCUGAUACCCCCUCAGUCCCUAAGAAAGGCAAGAGGAGGCAGCGACCAGCAACCUCAGGCCGCCGCAGACCCCAGAAGACCAGAACUGACAACUCAUCUUUAGAGCCAGAGGAGACCUCAGCUUCUUAG